AUGGCCAGCGUAAGAUUCCCUCCCAAGAGACUCAUCGUCUGCUGUGACGGAACAUGGUUCAACAGCGAUGACGGAUACAACAAGCCGGAUUUCGGCAAGAAGAGCGGGGCUUUGCAGGUCCCUUCCAACGUCACUCGCAUUUCGAGAUGCUUUAAGCGCACGUGCGACGAUGGUCGCGUCCAGAUUGUCAACUACCAGUCUGGUAUCGGUACAGGAAGCAACACAGCGGACACUUUGAUCGGUGGAGCCUUUGGUUCAGGCAUCUCUAUGCGAGUCAAGGAAGCCUAUAGUUUCCUGGCUGCCAACUAUUCUGACGGCGACGAGGUCAUUCUUAUCGGAUUCUCACGCGGCGCUUUCACGGCUCGCUCGGUAGCGGGAAUGAUCUCGAAGCUAGGCCUUCUGACGCGCAAGGGUGUCGAGAUGUUCUACCCCAUAUUCAAGGAUAUGCAGAACUGGAAAAGCCCUCAAGGUGGAAAGAAGUACAGAGAUAAGUUCCCAGACAAGCCUUUCAGCAACAAACCGCAUGGAGAUGGCGCUGCCGAAAUCUACCGAGCCAGACUAGAGGCUCUUGGCCUUACACGAGUCCGGCAGAACAGGGGCACCGGAGAUUUAAUCAAGGUCAAGGCCAUAGCCUACUGGGACACGGUCGGUAGCCUUGGGGUCCCGCGAAUUGCCCUCCUGAACAAGCUUCACAAACUUGGCAUAUCGUUCCGGGACGAAAUGUACCACUUCUGGGACACGAAUCUAUCAGUCCACAUUGAGCAUGCGUUUCAGGCUCUUGCCCUCGACGAGACACGGUCUUGCUUCCAGCCUGCCGUCUGGGAACGUCUAGAGUGCAAUCGUGGUUCGACUGAUUUGCGACAAGUUUGGUUCGCCGGUAGUCACAACAAUAUCGGCGGUGGAGAGCUUGAUCAAGCGAUGGCUGAUAUAACACUUGCUUGGAUGAUGGACCAACUUGCGUCUGUCAACAUUGAGUUCGACGAAAAGUGCCUCGAGCGUGUGGUCGUUAAGUCCAUGGCGUAUUAUACAACUGACCCUGCGACAACCAAGCGUCCCUGGGCGAGAAUCCCGAUUUAUCAUGACGGCAGUCAAGUCCGACCAUGGGCCCUCGGGACAAUUUACCGUGCUCAUGGCCUCGUAUGGCGCCUCAUUGGCCGAAGCUAUCGUUCUCCUGGCCUCAAUCACGCCACAAACCCUCGAACAGGACGACCGACCACAGCAUGGCUCGAGGACACAAACGAGCGUGUGCACGCAUCGGUCAGGGUGCGUUUAGCAUGUGGUGGCACGGAUGUUGAUAGCAAGACCAUCUGGGCCUGCCCUGCAUUCGCUGGCAGGUGGAAAUUGGCCAGGCGGAGCGACAUUCGUUUGACGGAGGGGGCCCCGGAGUCGGAGUCGGAGUCGCAGUCGCGAUCGCCCUGGGUAUGGACUUAUGUCGGUAAUGAACAACCGCCCGAGACGGUCCUGUCAGAGGAGCCGAUGGGGAUAUUCGAAGAACAGUUGCUGGAGUUGAUGGCAGGGAGGAGUGUGUGGGAGUACGCCGAAAAUGCUUCUUCUGUCGACGAGAAGCAUUGA